UUGAUGGGCACACUCCAACUGCUGGGCUGCAGAGACUGAACUUGGUCUUGCCAUUUCUGCUUCUUUCAAAGAAGAGACAACUUGGGCUUCUUUCUAAUUUAGUUUUUCUCCGUCUGCCCCCACCCCUCCCAACCUCCAUCCCGGUCUCCCACCUUCCUUUUCAAAAAGAGGGGGAAGGGGGAAGCAGAGCGCACAGGGGACUGACUGAGGAGGCAAAGAAGAUGGGACUCCUCAGCGUAGACUUGCUGAUCACACUGCAGAUUCUGCCAGUCUUUUUCUCUAACUGUCUCUUCCUGGCGCUCUAUGACUCCGUCAUUCUGCUCAAACACGUGGCGCUGCUUCUCAGCCGCUCCAAGUCCACUCGUGGAGAGUGGCGGCGCAUGCUGACCUCAGAGGGACUGCGCUGUGUCUGGAAGAGCUUCCUCCUAGAUGCCUACAAACAGGUUAAGUUGGGUGAAGAUGCUCCCAAUUCCAGUGUGGUGCAUGUGUCCAGUCCUGAAGCUGGUAACAAUUAUGCCUUGGAGAAGACAUCUGGGGCUGAAUGCCACCUCCUUGACUUUGCCAGUGGAGAGCGCCCACUGGUGGUCAACUUUGGUUCAGCCACCUGACCACCUUUCACUAGGCAACUGCCAGCCUUCCGCCAGCUCGUGGAAGAAUUCUCAUCAGUGGCCGACUUCCUGUUGGUAUACAUUGAUGAGGCUCACCCUUCAGAUGGCUGGGCAGUGCCUGGGGACUCCUCUCUGUCUUUUGAGGUGAAGAGGCACCGGAACCAAGAGGACCGAUGUGCAGCAGCUCACCAGCUCCUGGAGCAUUUCUCCUUGCCGCCCCAGUGUCAAGUUGUGGCUGACCGCAUGGACAACAAUGCCAACGUAGCUUACGGGGUAGCCUUUGAACGUGUGUGCAUCGUGCAGAGACAGAAAAUCGCUUAUUUGGGGGGGAAAGGCCCCUUCAGCUACAAUCUUCAAGAAGUCCGGAGUUGGCUGGAAAAGAAUUUCAGCAAGAGAUGAAUUUUAGAUUAGCUGGUUAAAGGUGUGUGUGUGUGUGUGUGUGUGUGUG